UUUAUAUACACAAGAUAAAUGAAACUAAAUCCCUCCUCCCCAUUAAGCAGAAAUGGGCCUUUCUGCGACGAGGUUUCAUUCGGCAUCGGCAGCGUGCGGCAAUGGCAAGAGCGGCUCUCCUCCAGUUGCUCCGAUCGCAGGCGACGCGCUCCACUUCCAGUUUCCUCCCUUCAGCCUAUCAUCGUUCAAGCUCCUGGACAUGCAGACGUGUCAUCAGCGCCAAUCCUGCAUCCGAAUUUUCCAUGCAGCUUGCUGCUGUCCAAAGGAGAUGGGCAUCCCAAUCAGUGACGACAGAGGAAGACGACAAGAUUAGCAUUGGACCUCGUGGUAGAGGAGGACAAUCCGGUGAACAUGACAAGGAAAAUGGAGUUGUUUAUUACGGUCCUAUCUCAUCCACCAUAAAAAAAGUUAAACUGUUGUCUCUCUCAACUUGCUGCCUCUCAGUAUCUCUGGGUCCUGUCAUAACCUUCAUGACAUCCCCUGAUAUGAAUGUCAUCUUGAAGGGUGCAGUAGCAUCAUCCGUAAUAUUCCUCAGUGCUUCUACAACGGCUGCACUUCACUGGUUUGUUAGCCCUUACAUCCACAAACUCAGGUGGCAGCCUGGUUCAGAUAGCUUUGAGGUGGAGAUGAUGUCAUGGCUGGCAACUUAUGUGCCCAAGACGAUUAAGUUUGCCGACAUUCGUCUACCCAACACCCAGAGACCUUUUGUAACAUUUAAGGCUAAUGGGAACUAUUACUUUGUUGACGCAGAUCAUUGCCAUAAUAAGGCGCUUUUGGCAAGAUUGACACCUCAAAAAGUACCUCAGGAGUCAGCUUUCAAAAACUUGUGAUUUGAAACACACUGAUAUAAACUCUCAGAAAGUUUGCUAUUAAGGAUGAUAAUGAUAUCCCUGGGUCAAUAUCCAUCGGUGGAUUAAGUUUCUGUCCCAGUAUUUUUGUUUCGAUAAAAUAACAUGUUUGAGAUUUGAUUUGUAUGGAACUCACUUGGAGUGGCAUUUUGCAACAUCAUAUGCUCUAGUAUUUUGAUGCAACUGGAGCAUUACUUUUAUUUUA